CCUAAUCUCGAUCCUACGCUCCACUCUUCUACGCUGUACAAACAUACAAUUUCUACGAUAUCGACCUGAAACAAUGAGUCAAAAUAGGUAUACAAUCUAUAUAUUUAUAUAUAACGAGGUACAUAGAAGCACGACAGCACACAUCAAUUAAAAAACCAAUUUCCACAUUCAUUCAUUCAUUCAUUCAUUCCUUCAAAAGCAAAAUUCCUUCAAAGACCACCGAAAAACAAACAAUAUGACGAUUCCAACCUCCACCUCCCCAGGACUCCUCCGCCUCCUAACCCCCCAACACCUCUUCGACCUCAUCGACAUGCUCAACUCCAAAUCCCAAUCCCAAUCCCAGCUCGACAACGCCCCUAACUCCAAAUCUUCCGUCCAAAAACGCCCUCAUCACCACCACCAUCACCGGACCUUCCGUCCCACACCGCACCGCAACCUCCAAGAACCCGCCCACCCCAUCAGCAGACCACUUCCUCCUCCCGCCCACCAAAAUAGCCAACAACUCCGCCUCCGCCCCAACACCAACACCACCGCCCAGCACCACCACUCCUCCCACCGCGUGACGAAGCGAAACCCACUACUCACCCACACGAGGCACUUCCACCAGCAAGCACUGCGCGACGACUUCCUGCUGAGGGCGUGGGCGGUGGAGAUCAGGCGGUGGCAGGCUUCUUAUCCGAGAAUCGAGUCGUGAGAAUACACCUCCACGGUUUUCAUUUUAUUUUUCUAUUCAUCUGCGGUUGGGGUAACGUGCUUGGAAUGGAAGAGAAUCUGAAGAUAUCAGCGGGUGAAAACAUCGAGGGAGGAAAAGUUUGGGCUUUAAUAAAAAUGCAUGGUUGGUUGGAUUUGCAAAAGUCGGUCUCGAGCUGGGGGUACGAGUGGGAAAAUGGGCUAUGAGGAGGACCUCGAACGGGCUUGUGAGUUUGAGAAGCGACUUUGAUUUUUUUGUCUUUUUGGCGUUAUGUUCGGGAAAGAGGAAGGGGAGGGAGGUUACGUGAAGUAUCGUUACGAGCGUCUGUUUUUGUUUUUUGUUAUGGCUUUACGGUUAUGAUUAUGAACAUUCGUAUAGUUACCCGAAUAUUUAGAGUUUAGAGUUUUAGAAGAAUGGAUGUGGAUAGCAGGGCUAUGCUCACAAAGCUAAGGAAAAUGAAUAUCCGUAAUUAUAAAAUAGAAAAUCA